AUGAAAAAUAUUUUUUUAUAUUCUAAAUCUAAUAAAACUUUAUAUAAAACAUAUAAAAUUAAUUUAUAUAAUAAGAAUAAAAAUAAAUUUAAUAUUAUUAAAUUAGGUAUUUAUAAUUCAAAAUUAAAUAUAAUAUCUUGUAUAUAUUAUAUAUUAUUAAAAUUUUUAAAAUGUAAUUUUAUAUUAAAUAAAAAUUUAUUUAAACUUUUAUUAUAUAAAAUAAAAAAUAAGAGAAAUGACAGAGUGGUUUAUUGUAUUUGA